CUACAGAAACCAGCAUCAACGACACAGCACAGAGAGGGCUCCAGUCGCCGGCGGCCAGUGACGUCUCGAAGCAGACAUUGAGCCAAUCACCUGCGGCCAGUGUAGUCACAGUCCAGAAGCAGGAACUCUCGACUGAGAAGCAGUUCACAUUUCCACCGGGUCAUAGCGAGAAGCAGGUGAUAAUGGUUUUGGAGUCCCUCCGAACCUUGGAGGAGCUCACGGUCUCCAUUCCGCCUGACUCGACGGGACGGUGGCUGCGGCUGCUGCCGCCGUCCUUGAGGCGCCUGGACGUUUACGGACCGGGGAAGACGGGGAAGCCGCUGCCACUGGCCCGACAGCCCGACCAUGGGCUAAAUGUCGUCAUACAACAGGCGGGAGAUGACGUCAUCAACCAGCUGGCUAAGGAGCUGGGACCACGGGUUACCAAGCUGCGCAUGUUCUACUGCCCGCGUGUCACUGCCGGGGCCCUACAGGGGCUGCUGUCCGCCCUCACCGGCCUGGAGGACGUCACACUUGGCGGCUCUUUGUCCGGCGCAAUCACUGACGCCUCACUGGCCGCCCUCCACGGCUGCUCCCAGCUGCGUAAAAUGCAGCUGGGAGCGCCCAGUGAACUCUGUACGGAUAUACCUGUCACAGCGGUCAGCAGACUGGUGGUUACCUGUCGGAAACUCGAGUAUCUGUUUCUUAACACAACAGAGGAGCUCACUCAGACGGUCCUGGAAGUCCUGGUCCGGGCAGACCUGGGGAAAAGCGAUGACAACACGCCGAGAGCACUGAGGUUCCAAGUCCUAGGAGCCGUUUAUGACAGGCUGAGAAUACCGUCUCAGACCGGCAACAUCAAGGUUGUCAGGGACCCCAUAUACUAGAUGGGAUUAUCACUUGUAACGACUCGCCGACACCUACAGCGGUGUCAGCGGUGAUCAUUCUCGGCUCGUUCACCCUGCUGAUGGGCUCAUUACCGGACUCCUAGCUGACGGACAAAUGGGACGACAGUCUGCCGGGCUUUAUCACCAACUGGGAGCUGGUGAAUCUGCGCUCCUUCAGCAUCAGCGUGCACCGGGUGAACACGGUGGGGUCGAACAUAACGCCUGCUCGUUCUUACUACGCUGCUUCUGCUUAUGUGUCUUCUGUAUCAUGUAUGAUGAGAAACAAUGACGUGAUAGUUCGGUGAAAAUCAUUCAAAUGAUGUGAGCAAUAUUAGAGAUUGUGUGACUUAGGGAAUACAAAUAUGGAUAAGAUGCACAGAUAGAUGAUCAUGCUGCCUUAUCCAGCCUUAUCCGUUAGAGCACCCUGCUCUACGGAAUCGUUAGAAUGAACGCACCAUAUGUCCUUUACCUUUCGAACGACGCCCGUGAAAACUGAAUAGUUAUUAGUGCGCUCAGUGUCUCGUAUCGAUACACGGUGCGGCGGUGUCAACAAACCCGACCGAGGGAGGACUGCCAAGUUUGAGGGCCACCGAACUGCCUGACCUGGGGAUGGGUGACGAUGGCGAGGGGGGAGGAGGCGGGGCGAGUGUAGCCGGCGGUUCUCCGCCCCUCACAUUGUCUGUGACUGUGUAUCGGUAGUUUUGUGAGAGACUGUACAUUCACAUGGCGUGUGCUGUGGAAUUUGCUGUUGGGUGUAAACUUGAUAGAAACUGGUUGACGUGAGAAACAAGUGUAAUUAAUGGCUAAGGGCCGAUGCUGUGUACGGCUAUAGGGAUAAGGGAUAAGUGGCUUUUCCCACAUUGUCUAUAAAUGUGUGAAUGAUGUAUGAGCGCGAAAGUAUGCAAACGAGACAUACUUUUAGGACACCUGUAUCGGAGAAUGGUAAAUGAGCUACGCGUUUUUUGCUUUCUUACAGGACAAGAGUUCUACACUUCACUCGCAUGAGAAUGCUUUUGCUGCUUGAGAUUGCUCACAAUAAAUACAUGCAAGUUC